AGAAAAAAAAAUUGUCAAUAAUAAACGCUUCCUAAAGUUAAUAAUAAAUAAUUCAAAACAAUAGUAAACUGAUACAUUUGGUGUACUAAUCCGAAUGCAAUAAAUAUCCCAUCGAGAUAAAUAAAAUUGUUACAUUCAAUAGUAAAGAUUUAUUUUAAAGUUAAUAAGAAACGCGAACGUAAAUCGAGUUCAAACGAUCGUUUAGUUAGUAUGAUUGUUUUGUGGUGUAAUGCAACCUUACCUAAUGUAACGUAACUUAUGCCAGUCAAGUUAUUACAUAAAUUCUGGAUGCAGCACGAUGUUGAUGUUAUGGACGCAUUCAUAUUAUUUGUUGGUGUUGUAUGGGAUAUCAAAAAAUGUAAACAUAUUUAAGUUUAUUUGUAUCAGUAGCUCACGUUUAUACAAGCAUUUUGAAGACAAAAAAUAUUGCAUAGAACAAUUUGGAAAGGUUUAACAAUGGCUAUCAUUUAAAUAAACUGUCGUCAACUUUGUGUUGACACGUUCAAACUGACGCCACUAUGCACUGCCAGAUUAAAAUGUAUCACAACAAAAAACAAACAUAAUUAUCUCAAUUAUAUUUCUCUCAAACCGCUAAUUUAGUACAAAGACCAAUCAUUACUUUAAUCGGUUUAAAGUGUUGUGUAACACGAUUUUUGUAUCUUUGGUGAAGCGUGUUUUUGCAAUUAAUGCUUUAACCAAAUGCUGAUCUUUCUGUAAUCAAGCAUGACAUUUAAGCGAUAGUGUACUUUUAUAUAACUUAGCAUUUAGCUAUUCCAUUUUAGAUUUGAUGAUAAGCCAUUUUAUUGAAAAAGUAAGUAACUGCUUCUAGCAUUGAUCAUCGAGGUCGUUGAAAUAGUAUCAAUGGGCUUUGAUAGCGAAAGAUCGUGAGAUUAGAGCAACAAUGACACAUACAUAUAAUGAAUGCCAUUAAUAAAAAAGUGAAGUCUUUGAACCUAAUGAGCAGUGUCAUUAGUGAGGUUAACAUAUACAAAAGGAAUUCCAAUUUAGAAAGGAUUUACAUUAGUGUUACAGUGACCUAAGUAGAGUUAAGACGAGACAGUUCUGAAAGUGAUUGUACAUAAGCAGUGUGGCAUAGAACUUUCAGCAAUGAUUGUGCAAGAUUCGCAACACCAUAUCGCAAGACGCAACUGUGACUAUUAACAUGUCGCAGCGUCUUUCGUCACCGUUCUCAACCAAGAAAACUAUGCGCAGAAGCAAACCUCCAGAUAGGAACGAUAUUCGAAACGUAACCCAAGGAGUUCAAAGUGCUAUAAACACUAAUAAAAGAAAAAAGAUAUAAUCAUAACUAUAAUAAAAGAGAGCAAUAUAAAACAAGAGAAAACAAAGAAGAAGAAGAAGAAGGUAGACCUGAAAACAUUGAAAUAAUUGCUUUAGAUACUGUAAGAAAAUAAAUCUAAGUUAUAGAUUAUUGGUCAGAAGAAAAGGAGGUCAAAAUCUAUAAAAAAUAAACAAAUACUAAUCAAGUUAUUUAAGUUACUAACCCGAAGAGGCAGAGUUUCUGGCUAAUAAAAUGGGUAUCCAAGUUCUAUUAGCGUCAACGGCUCUUAAAACGGUUAGCGUAACUGGCCUAUGGCUAAUACCACUUUUAUUAGGAGCAUUUACAUAUCACAAUUAUUAUUCAUAUGACCCCGAAGCCAAAGUAUUAGACAAGGAACCUAAAAAGGAAUAUGACUUUAUAGUAAUUGGAGGAGGAUCAGCGGGUGCGGUAGUCGCAAACCGUUUGACAGAAGUUAAGAAUUGGAAUUUACUUUUGUUGGAAAGUGGACCUGACGAAAACGAGAUCACAGAUGUCCCUUCGCUAGCAGGCUAUCUACAGUUAACGAAGCUGGAUUGGCAAUACAAGACCGAGCCCACCGCAUUCGCCUGCUUAGGUUUCAAAAAACACAGGUGCAAUUGGCCGAGGGGCAAGGUUCUCGGCGGGUCUAGUGUUUUAAAUUAUAUGAUUUAUGUCAGAGGAAAUCGCUACGACUUCGACCAGUGGGAAUCCUUCGGUAAUCCGGGAUGGGCAUAUCGAGAUGUACUCAAAUAUUUUAUCAAAUCAGAAGACAACAGAAAUCCCUAUUUAGCAAAAAGUAAAUACCAUGGCCAGGGAGGGUUUUUAACCGUUCAAGAAGCUCCGUGGAGAACACCCUUAGUAGCAGCCUUUGUUGAAUCGGGUGUUGAAAUUGGAUAUGAAAAUAGAGAUAUUAACGGAGAAUAUCAAACAGGUUUUAUGAUAGCACAAGGUACUAUAAGACGAGGUUCAAGAUGCAGCACAGCAAAAGCGUUUUUAAGACCAGUAAGGACCCGACGGAAUCUCGAUGUAUCCCUUCAUUCUCAUGUAACGAGAAUCUUAAUUAAUCCUGUAACAAUGAAAGCGUACGGUGUUGAAUUUGUAAAACAUGGUAUCAAAAAAAUUGUGUACGCGAGAAAAGAAGUUAUAUUAUCUGCUGGUGCAAUUAAUAGCCCACAGAUACUCAUGUUAUCCGGAGUGGGACCAAAAAACCAUUUAAAAGAUGUCGGUAUACGAGUUUUGAAAGAUUUACCAGUAGGAGAGAAUUUGCAAGACCAUGUAGGUGUCGGAGGUUUGACAUUUCUAGUCGAUAAACCAGUUGCUCUUGUCCAAAAUCGCUUGCAGGCUUUCCCGGUUACAAUGAACUAUGUAGUUAAUGAAAGAGGGCCUAUGACAGUUUUAGGUGGACUAGAGGGCGUUGCGUUUGUAAACACUAAAUAUGCAAAUAGUUCAGGCUUAUGGCCUGAUAUUCAGUUUCAUAUGGCUCCAGCCUCAUUUUCAUCAGACAAUGGGCAAAUUGUAAGAAAAAUAUUAGGUCUGUCCGAUGAAAUAUACGACACGGUAUACAAACCCAUAGCGAAUAAAGAUGCUUGGACUAUAAUGCCUCUUUUAUUACGCCCAAAUACUAGAGGUUAUGUUAGGUUAAAGAGUUCAAAUCCAUUUGACUAUCCCAUAAUGAAUCCACGGUAUCAUGAAGAUCGUUUGGAUGUAAAUCGUCUCAUCGAAGGUAUCAAAAUAGCUUUGAAAGUAGCUAAUGCAUCUCCUUUUAAACAAUUCGGUUCCAGAUUGUACAUGAAACCACUUCCUAACUGCAAGCAUUUUAAAUUUAUGUCAGAUGAGUAUAUUGAGUGUCAAGUGAGGGCAAUAAGCAUGACAAUAUACCAUCAAUGCGGAACAGCAAAAAUGGGACCAUCUUGGGAUCCAGAAGCAGUUGUUGACCCGAGAUUACGCGUGCAUGGCGUUGAAGGACUUAGAGUUAUAGAUGCUAGUAUAAUGCCAACUAUUGUAAGCGGUAAUACUAAUGCAGCAGUUAUAAUGAUUGGGGAAAAGGGAUCCGACUUAAUAAAAGAUGAUUGGUUGCAACGAAAAAGGUGACGAAGGCGAAAUGGAAUAGUCUGUAAAUAUUGUAGCUGUAAUUAAAUAAUAAAAGUUAAUUGUUACCGAAGACCAAAACACUAUAGAAAUGUAAAAAUGUGUAUAUGUAUUUUUAAAGUUAAAAUAGGUUAUAAUUUAAGAUUUAAGUACAUCGAAAAGAUAGUGCGGUAUUAUACAUGUUGCAACGAAAAAAAACAUAUUUUUUCCAAAGGAAUAAUUUUAAAAAUAAUUUUUUCGUUAGGUAUGUUCAAAUAUAUUGUUUUUGCCAACAUAAUCCAUACUAAUAUUAUAAAUGCGAAAGUGUCUGUCUGUCUGUCUGCUACCUUUUCACGGCCCAACAGUUUAACCGAUUCUGACGAAAUUUAGUACACGGUUAGCUUAUAU